GCGCAGAGCCGCCGCCCGGCCGUGCAGCGCCCGCCUGCCCCGCCAUGUCGGACUUCGACAGCAACCCCUUCGCGGACCCGGACCUCAACAACCCCUUCAAGGAUCCUUCAGUAACACAAGUGACAAGAAAUGUUCCUCCAGGAUUAGAUGAGUACAAUCCUUUCUCUGAUUCAAGAACACCUCCUCCAGGAAAUGUGAAAAUGCCUAAUGUACCCAGUACCCAGCCAGCAAUAAUGAAACCAACAGAAGAACCACCUGCUUACACACAAAUUGCAAAGGAGCAUGCCUUGGCCCAGGCAGAACUGCUAAAGCGCCAGGAAGAACUAGAAAGAAAAGCAGCUGAACUAGAUCGCAGAGAAAGGGAAAUGCAGAGUCUCAAUCAGCAGGGUGGUAGAAAAAAUAACUGGCCACCUCUUCCUGAGAAUUUUCCAGUAGGUCCAUGUUUCUAUCAGGAUUUUUCUGUAGACAUUCCUGUAGAAUUCCAGAAGACAGUGAAGAUUAUGUACUAUUUGUGGAUGUUCCAUACAGUGACACUGUUUCUUAAUAUCUUUGGAUGUUUGGCCUGGUUUUAUGUUGAUCCGACACGAGGGGUUGAUUUUGGAUUGAGUAUCCUCUGGUUCUUGCUUUUUACUCCUUGUUCUUUUGUCUGCUGGUACAGACCACUUUAUGGAGCUUUCAGGAGCGACAGUUCAUUCAGGUUCUUUGUGUUCUUCUUUGUAUAUAUCUGCCAGUUUGCUGUACAUGUACUUCAAGCUGCCGGAUUCCAACGGUGGGGAAACUGUGGUUGGAUUUCAUCUCUUACUGGGCUUAAUAAGAGUAUCCCUGUUGGCAUUAUGAUGAUAAUCAUAGCUGCACUUUUCACAGCAUCCGCUGUUAUCUCAUUAGUUAUGUUUAAAAAGGUGCACGGGCUGUACCGCACGACGGGCGCCAGCUUCGAGAAGGCGCAGCAGGAGUUCGCCACGGGGGUGAUGUCCAACAAGACGGUGCAGACGGCCGCGGCCAACGCCGCCUCCACGGCGGCCAGCAGCGCCGCGCAGAGCGCCUUCAAGGGCAGCCGCAUGUAGGGCACGGAGAGCCCCUGCACCGCGCCCUCCUCGUGCUUCGGUCUCCAGUCACUCUGUUCCCUACAAGCCUGUGGCAAAAUACACGCAGCAUGUUUGGCUCUUCUUCAGCUGUGCAUGGGUACAAUGGGAAAGGUUGGUUUUAGUCUGUCACAGAUUCAUUUUAGAGAAGAUAACCAUUCUUUGCCUCCCUGUCCCAUCCCUUUACAAUGUUGCAUUCAGGAGAACAGAACCCUCCCUAGUUUAUGCAGGUUGAAUAAUUUCAACAGUUGGCCUAAGAAUGACAUUUGGUACUUUAUGAACCAAUAAAUAUAUUAGCGAGUUGGAAGUUUUACAGUAGUUUACUCCGGUAUUUUUUUUUUCCUUAACUUCAGGAAAGCACCUUGGGUCAGUUAUUUUUGUUUAUAAGAACUUGUUUCCCUAUUUCUCCUAUGAGAAACAGGGUAGACAACUGUAGAAAGUUAGGCUUGGCUGCUGCUAUUGCAGUUUCAGCAGCUGCUGUAGGACAGCUACAAGUAGAGCAGAUGCUAUGAAUUCUCCUGUUUUUUUAGGGUAAGUCUUUUGAUAUGACCCUGUAAGUUUGCAUGAAUCCUGUUGAGUUAUUUGAUCAUGUUUAAAUAGUGUUCUGGUCUAGCAUUUACCUGCACCACUUGAUAACUGUAGGGUUUGUUUGCCUCUCUUUUCAUGGCGUGGUCUCUAGGUGUGAGGAGUGACUUUGGGGCGCAGCCCUUCUCGGUGGUAGAAAGCGCAGGGCAGGUGCAGCUUAGGGACAUGAUCAGAGACCUAAGUGGGACAUAUUUGCAGUCUUUAAUUUCGGUUUUCGUGUCCUGGGGUAAUCGUCCUGCGGGUAAAGAAACCUCCAUUGCCCUUUAGAACACUUGUUUCUUGCCCGCCACUUCAGCUGCAGUGGUAUUUUUGUUGUGCUUGGGGUUUCUCUUGUUUUUUUCAGUGGAGAUUUGUGUUUAACGGUGGUACUGAAUCUCUAGCCUUGUCAGUCACUCUGUUUACUGCUUGUCCAGAAAUCCAAAUAUACAGUAUUUAAUUUUCUAACAGGAAUAUUGUCUCAAAUCAAGCUUUUUCAACAAUGGCAUUUAACAGAUACUUGAAUUCAUUUUAACGCAACUCAGCCUUCUUUGUGAUUUGAUUUAAGCUAUGGGGGUGAGGGGAAAAAGACAUUUUAGCUAUUUUGAGUUGAUAAAGUGAGAAAAAUCAUUUUACAAAAUUAAAUUUUAACUUAGUCUGAAUGCCUAAAGGGUUAGGCAGUCUGUAAUGGUAUUUCUCCUCAUAAUAUUGCAACCUUUAUUUAAGUCUAACGCUACGGUGAUGGCUCUCUCUUGAAGCCCAGGUGAGUGACACCUGUCUCAAACACACACCCACAGACACACGCUGCCUUAGGCUGUGUUUGUUUAAGCUCGAUUUCAGCAAAUCCCGGCCCGCGCUGCUGGGCCUGGGCUGUGGCCGAGCUUACGCAGCCCGCGACGCGACUCCCGCUUAGCGCCGCUCGGCACCAGGAUUGUGAGAUCCCCCUGUUCUGCAUGUGGGACUGCCUGCGCCGGGGAGCAAUCCCCUUUCACUGCCGCGUAUUGACAAUAACCUGAGAGCAUUAGCAAACAUAAAGCCUGUGGCUUAAUCCCCGGAGCAGUACAGUAGUCUGAGUGAAGUCUCUGUUAGUAUCUUUUUCUUUACCAAUGUCUUUAAAUCCUACUUGCAUUAGACUAAGUGCAGCAGGCUCACCUGUGCUGUGGUUCAUAUUCAUGAAUGUAUGUAUCUUGAAAUACUCUUCAUGUCAAGAAGUUAAAGUUAUUCAAAUAACCCAUUUAAUAAGGACACUAAAGUUUUAUGCCCACGGCAUAGAAUUCUCUUUGCUCUUCCCUCCUCUCUUUUUCCCUCUUGAAUAUGAAGACAUAUACAGAUAGUAUCCUUGCAAUUAAGUUUAAGCUGAAGUCUGCAUAGCAAUGUACAUUACCAGAGCAUCAUAUGGAAAAAAAAGAUAUAAACAAAUAAGACCUGAACUUGACAGGUAUGUGAGGGUUUUUUUCCAAAUGUUUUAGUGUUGCAAAAACAUAUUUAAUGUUCAAUGUAUAAGGCGUAUUGAUUUGUAAUAUCAGGAAUUGGGUGUACAGACUUCAACCGCAUAAGUAAGUGAAAUGGAAAUUUAACUACAUAAUUUGUCUAACUCAAAAAUCUCUGGCACUUUUACAGCUCAGGAGGGAGGGAAGAGUUUGAGUUUAGCUCAGAAGGCUGAGAUUUGUUAAAAUAUUUUGUAUUUAGCUGAAGCUAGAUUUUACAAUCUCUUAUUAAUCAGACUAUGGCACCCAGUUAAGUAGUUGUUUUGUAGUAGUGCGGCAAAUUGAGUACAGAAAAUGAAGUUAAAACACUGGAAUGGCACUAGUCAUUGAGCUGUAAGUUAGCAGUUGGCGUUAUUUAUCUGAGGGAUGUGUGUAUAUUUUGUAAAUUACUAACAGCGCUCUGCCAUCCUGGUGACUGUCCUGGUUCUGUACAAAUGCACUUAUUCUGUCCCUCUGUUGCAUGUCUGAGUAGUUCAGAAGUUUUGUA